GCGCCGCACAUCGUGGUCGUCACGCUGGACAUAAGAACCUUUCAGCACGCCUCAGCUUGUUCCCUCCAACCACCACUACAAUAUGUCGCUCUUUUCGAGACGUCCUACACGUCGAGGCACCACUAACGGGACCAGCGCUGUGAAUAGCAGCACAAACACUCUUGUGGGUACUCCCCGAACAAACUCCCCACCGCCAGAGCCAGAGCCGGAUAGCACUGCUGUCCCCAUCAACCAGACGGAAUACGCUAGGAGAUGUCGGGAGGUUAUGGAGUUGUAUCGCGCUCUUCAAGCCCUAGGUGCGGAUAGGCUGUUCCCGACGUUGCCAAAGAUCAUAGUUAUCGGUGGCCAAUCUACUGGAAAGAGCUCGCUGGUAGAAGCCGUCUCCGGGAUCAAUGUUCCCCGAGACAGUGGGACCUGUACCAGGUGUCCCAUGGAAUGCACGAUGCUCAGUUCAUCCUCCACCUGGUCGUGCACGAUAUACCUCAACUUGAAGUACGCGGCAGACGGUAGCGAACUCGUCAUCCCAAAGAAGGUAAAAUUUGGGUCAGUUAUUACGAACAAGGAUACGGUCGAACUCUGGAUCAGGCGAGCACAAGCUGCAAUACUCUGCCGUCAUCGUCCCAAGGAGGAUUUUAUCAACAUGAGCACUGAGGACCUACGCAAUCUUGCUACAAUCGACUUACAGAUGCUGCCAUUUUCGAAGAAUAUCAUCCAGGUGGAAUUGAGAGAUCCAGCCUUGACGGAUUUGUCUUUCGUGGAUCUGCCAGGGAUCAUACACAAUGCUGAAGAAGAGACUAUCCAGCUCGUUCACGACUUGGUAGUUUCCUAUAUCGAAGAAUCGGAGAACACAAUUGUCCUCAUAACUAUUCCGAUGUCCGAUGAUAUUGAAAUGCAAGCAGCGGUGAAACUCGCAAAGGCUCGUGAUCCCGACGGUGAUCGCACGAUUGGAGUGUUGACCAAACCGGACAUGCUUACAGUAGGCGCCUCUGGUGCGCGUCAAAAGUGGAGAGAGAUCAUUUUGGGGCAAGAUCAGAAUCUUGCUCCUUCGGAUGGCUAGCGAUUAGGCUCGAGGGGGAGUGUUGAGCAUGGCGAGCGUUAACUGCAAGCCACGGACUAUAUUUAGAUUACCGGUACAUACCUGAUUAGUCUAUUUUUUUCAUCGCGGCAUCUCAGCGUUCAACCAACGUCUUCACGCUGAGAUGUACGUGUAUACUCAUUAUAUUUCUAUUAUACUAUUG